CUUGCACUACUUUUUGCUAGCCCUUGAUGUGAUAUCAAAUACACCAACAUUGUUUACUUAGUACAGACACUAUUCUGCCCAUAUAUUGAACCGGCUUGAAUCCUACUUAAUCAGGCCAAGUAUAGGGAACACACCACAGCGGAUAAAAUCACAAUGGCUCAAACUCCCCAGCAGCGAAGAGCAAAUGAGAGAUAUGCGAAGCAUGAGGCUGCAAAACGAGGCAAAGGGCAGACCACAGCAAAACCAAAACAGAAUUCAAAGUCCCCAGUGUCCACUGGAUGGCUGGUCAUUCUUGCAUUUGUUGUCUGCGGGGGAGUUGCAUUCGAACUUCUGAGAGUCACUCCAGCGAUAUGGUCAGCUGCGACCACGAUGCUAGGUCGCUUCAUUGCCUAGGUAGCCGCUGUUAGCGAUGCUGUAAAAUACAGAGUGCUUUUCGAAGUAUGCCACCUAUUCGUGAACCUCAGCUUUCCAACAUUUCGAAGCCACAUCGAAUUCAUCUGUUGAAUAUUCGACUCUCAACGAAUAUCAAGCAGAAAUGAUACUCUCUUACGUACGUGAAUAUCUCUCACGCGCAUAUUACAAUUAU